AUGCGGAACACGCCUCCACUCAUAUUUCUUCUGCUGCUCGCGCUGGGCGCCUCCACGACUCUAUCUUCACCUCUCCCCUCUGGCGUCCGAGACAACUCAGGCGGUGACAACUUGGGUCAUAGCCAUGGCACUCAUGUCGGCCGGGCACCCAUUUCCAACACCCACCAGGGUCAGGUGCAUAACCCUGACACCGUCGUCGCGCCCGACUCCCCCCGCGCGCACAACCUCCCCGCCGAAUACGCAUUGCGCACACCUUCGCGACUGUACCCUCGGCGUGUGUAUCCUCUUCCUCAGCCUCCUCUGCCGGUGCAAGAGGUUCCUUCGAGUCAUGCUCGUAGAGAGGCCAUCGUUCCUCGAGGUGGGGACACCCAUGUUUCGUCCAACGCCCCCGUUCAUCCUCGAGAAGAUGCCAGAGCGGAGGAAUUCAUCCUCCACAUCAACCCUCUUCCUUUGUUCCCACAUGUUAGGCGAGAUGUGCUGGACGUAAAGGUCAACACGAGACCUUUGACGAAGGAUUAUGUUCAUUCCGACUCUUCCUCUUUUGCUUCACCCUCGGACGGUUCACCGGCUCCCCACUCAGAUUCUUCCAUCGCCGCCGACUCGUCCACUUCGGAGUCUACUUCGGCUACUUUGGAACAGCGCAACGUAGGCCCUGAUAACGUCGUUUUGAGGGGUGCAAAGACUGGUCGAAAGUUCCGCGGUGGUUCAAGAGCCAGACCCAACCGACGACGUGAUCUGCUAGACGUCAAGGUCAACACCGCCCCUCUCACUCGACCCGAAGUUCAGGGCGCAGCCGGCGAACCUCACAACGCGCGGUCCUCCCACGACGGCCAAGAUGAAGGGGACAACAACAACCACAACGACCCUCCCCGCCCCGUCCUAGGUGCCCGCGCUCCAGACACCACCCUCACCGGAACCCUCUCCUCAGGCAACAGCUAUUCAGGCGCAGCGGGUAACGCAGCAGGUGGUUCUGUCAGUGCGGUCCUCCCACCCGGCGGGAAACCAGCUGGUGGACUCUUAGGUGCGCUGAGUCCUGCAUCUGGAGGAAGUCUCGUUAGUUUAUUCUCAGGCAACGCAGGGAACGGCGGUACAGCGUCCUCCGGUCCCUCGUUCGGAUCUGCUCAUCCAAUCGGGAACGGCAAAUACCCUUACCUACUCCCUCCCAACACCAAAGCAUCUACAGCGAGCCUCACCACAACCGCCAACGUCAACUCCAACAUCAACGAGAGUCUCGGGAAUGCAUUCAGUGGUACUGCAGGGAACGCAGCCGGAGGGAAUGUAGUCCAAGCUGGGGGUUCGCUGAUCGAGUUGUUCAGUCAUAAUGCUGGAAAUGCAGGACAAGCGAAUAGUGGAGGGAGCAGGGUGUUCAGGAGGUCGACCAGGUCUCCGCCAGUGUCUCCCGCUCCCGCUCUCGGCUCUCCUUCUUUCGAGCACGCUCAUACGGAACGCGUACCGUCCCAGAUCUCCACUGCACUCGAGGAUGCCUCAGACAACGAUCCAUCUGAAUGUCUCGAAGCACGCUCUCCCUCCCCUGACCCACAAACUGCUCCCAAACACCCAGUGAACCCAUACGUCCUCGGGUCCAACGCUCACUCCACACCAUCGACACCUGCUCGUACCACCACUUCACCAUCGAAGGAAAGACGAAUCUCGAGCCGGAUCGCGCGUCGCACCAAGAAAACUACGUCGAAGAAAACCACUACCAAAAACAAGAAGAGGGCGGUCAGCAAGCGGGAUAUAACAUGGGGUCCUCGUCCCCGCCCCGACCUCAGCAAGCUCAAAAUGCGCCUCCGGAAGGACGCUGCUGGCUCCAGCGGUGAGACUCAUAAACGGAGCAUGCGCAACACCCGCGACUACGGCUACGACUCUUACAUCGAGAAGAGCUUCUUCCGGAGACCGUUGUCGGCUUUCGACAGGGCCGAGGAGGCGGCAGUGGUUCCUCUCUCUUUCCAGACCUUUGGGUUGGAACAUAAAAAGUCGACGGGUCUUCGGGGAUGUCUAGGGCGCUUCCUCGCGCUAUUUUCUCCUUCAGAAACGUCCCGGUGGUUCUCGUGGUCCUCUUCCUCUGAAACAAAUCGUCCUUCCAACCCGUCAUUCGUCCCCGCCUAUCCUUUCGCUCGCGCCUUCCCUGUCGGUGACAGAGGAAGUGGUAAGGAUCCGAAGGAAGAACCUGAGAACCCAGAAGUUGGGAUAAACCCGCCUCCUCCACCUCCCGCCCCAACUGCUACGGCUUCCAACAGUGGCCGUGGAUGCGGUUUCAAACCACAAGAUUCAGACCUUACCGUCUUUCCGCCUUCUUCACUCUCUCCUCUGACCCCUAACACUUCGAGCAAUUCCACCUCUACCUCGACUCCUUCCAUAUCCACUCCUGAUUCGGACAUACACCAACCCGAGUCGGUCGAUGUCGUGCCUUCAGAGGGUGCUGUGUGCGACGGGGAGGAUUGUUGCCUAUGGGGGAUCUGGAGUCCCACUUGCCGGCUGUUCAAUUGGCGUAGAGUGUUUGGCUGGGAGACGCCUAGAAUGUCAACGAGGACGCGCAUCGUUUCGUUACGAGAGAAACAAGGUCUUCUUGAUGGCACAACUUUGAGGAAGUCUGGGUUCCUUGGAGUUGAAGCGUGGAGGGAAAGGUUCGCUAGGCGGCUGCGCUGGUGA